AUGGUCGUGGAAGAGGUGGCCGUGGUCUUUACUCCAGAGGAAUGGACGUCACUGGACGGCACACAGAAAAAGCUCUAUAAGGAUGUCAUGGUGGAAACCUUCAGAAACCUGGCCUUUGUCGUGUCUCGGAACCAUACUGAUUCUGGAAAGGGAUCAAGGAAACGCAUAGAGAUGCGGUUCCUGAAAAAUAAACUCUGGUCUUCGAUGUUAGAGGAGGUGUGGUCCUCAGAUGGCGAGAAAGACCCACCUGUUGAGCAGAGGACAGAGUGGAGAAACGCAGAAGAGAUUCCUGGGGCACGGAACAAGGUCCGCCACAGUGAAGAAACCUGCAGGCGUGUUCCAGAUGUGCCCAUGGUUGCAGAGAGUCUCCCAAAUGCAAAGAGUCUUGAACGUGUGGGACAGACCCGACCUCACGACUCUCACACCCGGGUCCGUACCUCUGAGUGUCCACAGUGUGGAGAAACCUGCCGCUGUCCCUCCCCCAUAUAUAGUACCAUCCAGACCCCCACUGCAAAGAAACGCCCCAGACCCAAGAAUGGGAGGAAGGACUUGGUUGGUGUGUCAGCUCCAGAGAGUCCAGGGAGCACAGUCGCUGAAGAGACACGUGAAGUUCAACAAGAUUCUGAAACCUGUGACGCCCCCCGACCUCCAAGUGGACCUAAACCGUCCAGGGAGAGAAAGAAGCAUUAUGACAGUGCGGAUUGUGGGAAAGCCUGUGCGAGUUCCCACACUCCUGGGACACGCAGAGAAAGGGCCCAUGUCAGGAAACGCAGACAAAGCCCCGGUGAGGAGAGGCCUUAUAAGUGUGAAGAAUGUGGGAAAAUGUUUAGGCUCCUCUCGGCCCUCAUGGUGCACGAAGGCCUGCACAGCGGGGACAAGACCUUCAAGUGUAAGGUCUGUGCCAAAAUCUUUCACACCAAGGGUAACCUCCUUGAACACAUGAAGAUCCACACGGGAGAGAAGCCCUUUGUUUGUGAGGACUGUGGCAAGGCGUUCACUCAGCAUUCCACGUUUACGGUGCACCGACGCACGCACAGUGGAGAAAAGCCUUACACGUGUCAGGAUUGUGGGAGAACCUUUACUUCCUCCUCACAGCUUUCCUCGCACAGAAAAGGUCACCGUGGCGUGCGACCUCACGCCUGUCAAGUGUGUGGCAAGACCUUCCGGGAUUCUGGUACCCUCAGUAAGCAUGCCACCAUUCACAGCGACGAGAGGCCUUUCGCCUGCAAGCAGUGUGGGAAAACCUUCAAAAACAAGUCUGCGCUCCACGUCCACGGCCAGACCCACGGUGCAGAGCGGCCGUACGCCUGUCAGGAGUGUGGCAAGGCCUUCCGCCUUCUGUUGUACCUGACUCAGCACAUGCGCAUUCACACUGGAGAGAGGCCUUACAGGUGUGAGCACUGCGGAAAAACCUUUAACCAUUCUUAUUCCAUCCAGGAACACCUGAGAAUUCACACUGGGGAGAGGCCCUACAAAUGUGACGAGUGUGGAAAAGCCUUCAUUAGUUCCUCGGACCUGAAGAAGCACGGCAGAACGCACACCGGGGAGAGGCCCUAUGAGUGUCAAGUGUGUGGAAAAGGCUUCCGGCAGGUGACCACCCUGUACGUCCACAUGAGAACUCACAGUGCGGCGAGACCCUACGAGUGUGACGAGUGUGGAAAGGCCUUCUCCAGUUCCACUCAACUCAAGUCCCACAAACGCUGUCACUCGGAGGACAGACCUUACGCCUGCGAGCAGUGUGACAAGAGCUUCCGACACCUCUCCAUACUCCGCAAUCACCGGCUGUCACACACUUCACAGAGGCCUUAUGCGUGCCAGGAGUGUGGGAAAACCUUCAAGAGUGCCUCCUUCCUCGGGAAACACAGGAAAAUCCACAGCGGAGAGAGGCCUCACGUGUGUGAUCAAUGUGGAAAAGGGUUUAGCCGUGCCUCACACCUCACUGUGCACCACAGAAUUCACACGGGGGAGAAACCUUUCGAGUGUGAGCGGUGUGGAAAAGCUUUUUCUAUCUCCGUCCAUCUCAAAGUCCACAUGAGGACCCACACCGGGGAGAAGCCCUACGAGUGCCGGGUGUGCGGAAAAGCUUUCAGAGGAAGCACUUCCCUCAAGAUCCACCAGCGCUCACACACCGGCGAGAGGCCCUUCGAGUGUGACCAGUGCGGCAAGGCCUUCCACCAGCCUUCCAAUCUUAGCGUCCACAAAAGGAUUCAUACCUCGCAGGGGCUUUGA